AUGGGGCAGCAGGUGCUGGCUAGGGCACAGACUCUCAGAGGGCAACUGUCCAGUGGCAAUGGGGGAAACUUCCAGCGUCCCAUCUGCUCCUCAAAGCCCAUCCCCCCCCCAACCUCCUUGCCCAUUGCAGAGAUUGGCGUGGGUACCACCGGCUUCGGCAUCUUCUUCAUCCUCCUUGGAAUACUCCUGUACUUUGAUUCCGUGCUCCUGGCCUUCGGAAACCUGCUGUUCAUGACCGGCCUCUUGUUCAUCAUCGGCCUGAGGAGGACAUUUUCCUUCUUCUUCCAGAGGCACAAGCUCAAAGGGACCAGCUUCUUUCUGGGGGGUGUGGUCAUUGUACUGUUGCGCUGGCCCCUCCUGGGCAUGUUCCUGGAGACCUAUGGAUUCUUCAGCCUCUUCAAGGGCUUUUUCCCUGCCGUCUUUGGCUUCCUGGGCAAUGCCUCCAACAUCCCCUUCCUGAGCGAGCUGUUCCGGAGGCUUCAGGGCACCAGAUCAAUGGUCUGAACAGCAGAGAUGAGCUCCUUGAACUUGGAUCAUUGGUUGAGGGGGCUGGAAAGGAAAUGGGGUCCGCCCCCACCCUGCACUGACUCAUCUCCCGCAUCAUACCCAGACCGCUCCAAGUCCAGAAGGAAGGAAGGAGUUGAAUGACUGACUGCAAAUCCCCAAGUCAACUCAAAAGGCUGUUGGCAUGGCUGGGAGCAGAGAUCCGGGGGGGCCCCCAGAGAGACCGGACUGGGGCUGGUAUCACAUCCUGCCCCGCAUUUAUGGGAGGAAAGCAAAGAUUAAAUCCCCAAGCUGUGUGUCUGAGACUCAAAGUCACUGUCUCCAGCCUGUCAAGUCCAGUCCCUGACUCAGGGCAGGCCGACGCACGGCAUUCCAUGGAGUGAGGGGCAGGCCUGCUCCCGGAGGCUGUCAUUUUUAUCCUGGUGGUUAACAGUCCUAAUGAGUGAGAUAAUAUGUUUGUAAACCCCUGUUAGCAGUAGGCAUCAGACAAGUGAUGGGUAUUAAUCCUGCAUACUGGUGGGAAAUGCUACCCAACCAUUAAUUAGAUGGAUGUGUGCACAGGGCACCCACAGAUAGCCCCUGUGCUGAGAGAGCUUCCUGUCUGAGGGUGGAGACAUCGCCCCUGCCUUCGGAGAGCCCAAGUCUGAUGGAGGAGACAUUCUCUCUCCUGGCGAUCCCCUCAGCCCAGGGUAAAGAGUGUUCUUG